AUGCCCCCAACAAUAGCCUUCCUCCCCGGCGCCUGGCUCACGCCCACCUUCUACGCCCCCUUCCUCCACACCCUAACCACCACCACCGCCCUCCCCACCACGCACAUCCCCUACCCCUCCCUCGACCCCGCCCACCCCGCCACCGCCGACUGCCAGACCGACACCGCCGCCAUCCGCACCCAGCUGCGGACCCUGAUCGAAUCCGACGGCCGCGAGGUCAUCCUCGUGAUGCACUCGUACGCCGGGAUGCCCGGCGCCGCGGCGGCGGCGGCGGCCCACGGGCUCAGCCGGUCCGCACGCCAGCGGGCCGGCCAGCCCGGCGGCGUGGUGGGGAUGAUCUUCAUCGCGGCGUUCCUCGUGCCCGAGGGGGUCAGUUGUGCCGGGUUGCAGGGCGGGAGGUUGCCCGGGUGGAUUUUGUUGGAUACGCCCGCGCCGCAGCUCAAUUACCCCGACGACCCGAUCGGGAAUUUCCUUCCGGCGGAAGGGCAUGAUGAUGAUGAAGCGGCACUGUCGGGCGACGAUCUCGAGACGUUCCUCCGACCGCAUGCGACGCGGGCGUUUACGUCGCCGCAGCCGGCGCCGGCGUGGGCGGACGCCGACGCCGACGCCGAUGCCACUGGCCUGGCGUUCAUCGUCACGGCCAGGGACCGCGCGGUCCCGAAAGAGGCGCAGUAUGCGAUGAUGGCGGCGACGGGGCGCGAGUUUGCCGUCCGCGAGAUGGACUGUGGGCAUUGUGCGCCGUUUGUCGGGGAGAAGCGGAUCGGGGAGACGGUGCGGUUGGUUGGGGAGUUGGUUCGGGGGUUUUUGUCUGGGUCUCGGUGAGUCUUGAGUCUCUCUGAGGGG